AUGUCGGAUCGAGGUCAGGCAACAGAAUUGAUGUCACUGCAAAGAACAAACUUCCGAGCUUUUCAUCGACAAAUAAAUCGCUUGAAAAUAGAUGAAAUCCAAGACAAAUGGGAGCUGGAAGACGAGUUACGCAACAUACAAACGCGCUGGAACGCAAUAGACGCUUUGCACUUGCAAAUAGAUAAUAUCCUACAAGGAUCGGAUAACCAGUACGAUAGUGAGUUUUACGCCUACGAAGAUUCAUACAAGUCAGUCAAAAGGGCGUUGAAUCUUAAACUCACAUCGACCAUUCAUCACGAAAAAUCGACACCACAGAUCGACUUGCCUACGUUUACAGGCAAAUAUACGCAAUGGCCUACGUUUUAUGACUUAUACGUAGAAAGUAUUCACAAUAACAAUUUGAUUACAAAAACUCAGAAGAUGCAACACCUAAAGAGCAAAUUACGAGGAGAUGCUGAACGAAUCAUCCAACAUCUAACUAUCUCAGCGGACAACUACGACACAGCGUGGGAAUUGUUGACACACAGAUAUAACAAUCCACAAUUGUUAUUUACUAAACAAAUCGAAAUCUUUAUUAAUCAGCCAGCCGCUCAAAAACAAUCCGCGUACGAGAUUAGACGUAUUUACGACACGUCAAUGGAAUGUAUCUACGCUAUUAAAAACCUGGGUAUCGAUACAAGUACCUGGGACCCAUUACUAGUUCAUAUUAUUACAAAAAAGCUGGAUACAGUCACCUAUAACGACUACAAGGAAGCCCGGAAAAUGCCACGAGAAUUACCUUCACUCUCGGAGCUAAUGGACUUCUUAGAGAGCAAAUUCAUCGCUUUAGAACCAAGCGGCAUAAGAGAUAGAGAAAUGUUGUCAUCAUUCAAAAAAUAUAAUCAACAAAAAUCAGUUAAUAACAAGACUUACAAGCCUCAAUUUCAAAAGGAACAUCGGUAUGGAAAAUUAAUAAAUAAAGAAUAUCAAAGCGUUGCGACAUACAUGUCAAAUUGCCCGAUUUGUGACAAGAAACAUCCCUUAUACAAAUGCGAAAGGUUUAUCAAAUUAACACCGGGCGAACGUUAUCGAAUUAUCGAAGAUUUUAACCUUUGUCAUAAUUGCUUGUACGCACAUAACAAGAAUUUAUUAUGUACGUCAAUGAAAAAAUGCAAACUAUGUAAAAAGAGUCAUAACACAAUGUUACAUGACGCCUAUACUAUAAACAUUAAUAAGCAGUCUACAAACUCGCUGACUGACAUGUCUAGUGGAUCAUCAACCCAACUGAAUACUCAUCUGAUUAUAUCAAACCUACGACACUUGCAAGAAAGCGUUAUAAACACUUUAACAAGCCUCGCAAACGGUCAUUUAGAUGCACAUUUGUUGCCGCCUGAACAAUUGGAAGAACAAUUAAAUAUCAUAUACCGACAUAUACCGAAUGACCUGACUUUGCCUGCCGAUAAAAACGAUUUUAAAGAACUUUAUAAGUUAAUGAAGGUCAACGGCGACAUUGGUUCUUCUUAUUUGAUAAUCGAAAUCAAGAUCCCUUUGCUAAUUAAGGGAAAUUUUGAACUGGAUAGAGUAAUAACCCUUCCUCAGCAGCAUUAA